UUUUUUUUUUGUGUGUGUGUGUGGGUUGCUUCUGAAUCGCCAAAUACACCACCAGGGGCUUUAGAUUUGUAACAAGGAGGGGUGGGGGGGGGGUGGAGCCACGCAGUCGGAUCCUGAAGGUCUCCUCACAGCCACGUGAGUGAAGGUAUCUUUCCAAAGUCAGAGGCAACCCAAGAGAAGGCGAAGGAUAUGGAAGAGAAGAAUCCAGAAGGAUAUGGAAUAGUCAAGAGAACAAGGAAGAAUCCUCAAACCACCCAGGCUGGGAGUGGUGUGGAAUAUUGGGAAAGAGCUGUGCCAGAGAACCUGUCUCAGUACCCUAUGACCACAGAUGUAUGCAACCAAUGGUUCCGGCAUUUCUGCUACCAUGAGGCGAAUGGACCCCGAGAGGUUUGCAGCCAGCUCCAUGGACUUUGCAAACAGUGGCUGGAGCCAGAGAGGCGCACCAAGAAGCAGAUCCUGGACCUGGUGAUCCUGGAGCAGUUCCUGGCCAUUCUGCCCCAGGAAAUGCAGUGCUGGGUGAGAGGAUGUGAGCCAGAGACCAGUUCCCAGGCAGUGGCCCUGGCAGAAGGUUUCCUCCUGAGCCAGGCAGAGGAGAAGAGUCAGGCAGAGCAGAUGUGGGCAGCAGCUGUAAAGAUGGAAGCCAAGUUCUGUGAAGCAGAAGGACCUUUGUCAGAGGAAAGUCAGUGGGAGCAGGCCCAGAAGGAUGCCCAAGAUGCCCUGUCAAAUGGCAGUGAAGAGCUGUUGUCAAGCUGUCAUCUUCGCAGUGGAGUGCAAAUGUCAGCUCCCUCUCUGGUCCAGUCUCCCUUUUCCUUUGAGGAGGUGGCUGUGUAUUUCACUGUGGCUGAGUGGGCCCUGCUGGAUCCGGGCCAAAGAGCUCUCUAUAGGGAAGUCAUGCUGGAGAACUACAGGCAUGUGGCCUCUCUGGCAGCAGAUGUAGAGGAAACAGUUGGGGAAUUCCAGGGAUUCUCCAUAGAAACUGUCAAGAAUGAAGAUGCUGAAGGAAACUUCAGAGAUGGAGAUGGACCAGAGAGGCAGGAGGAAAGCCCUUCAGGGGAUGACCAGAGGAACAAGGAGUGUGAGGAACUGCAUCUUCUAUCUCCUGAUGAAAUCAAGAAUGAAGAUGUGUUGGAACACUUCAGGAAUCAAGGAAGAUCUAAGAAAGGCAGCCACAUGGUCAAGAAGAGGGCUAAACCCAUCCCUUGCCAAGGAGGGGUUUUCCAAAAUGUCAUUCACAUGGCGGAGGAAACGGACAAGGACUUGGAGUAUGGAAUGAAUGUCUUAGAUCAAAUCCAAUAUAGGGUCUAUUUAGGAAUGCAUAGUGGAAACAAGACCCAUCAAUCUCUGGAGAGUAGAAAGACCAUAAUUCACAGAAUGGAGCCUUGUAGACAGCAAAGAACACAUGCCGGAGAGAAACCUUAUAAGUGCACAGAGUCUGGCAAGAGCUUCUCAGAGAAUUCAGACCUUGUUCAGCACCAAAGGAUUCACUCAGGAAAAAAGCUGUAUAUUUGCUCAGAGAGUGGAAUGGCAUUCUCUGAUGGAAGAAAGCAUAAAGUGCACGUCCCAAAGCACAGCAUAAUGAAGGCACAUAAAUGCUUUCAGUGUGGAAAGUACUUCAGACACAAAUCACAGUUCAAUGUGCACCAAAAAGUCCACAGAGAAGAGAAACUUUUUGAAUGCUCAGAGUGCACGAAGAGAUUCAGUCGCAGUGACCAUUUCCAGCAGCAUCAGCGAACCCACACAGGGGAGAAGCCCUUUGAAUGCUCAGAGUGUGGGAAGAGAUUCAGUCAGAGUAGCACUCUUCAAAGCCAUCAACGGACCCACACAGGGGAAAAGCCCUUUGCAUGUUCAGUGUGUGGGAAGAGAUUUAGUCAAAGUAGCAUUCUUCAACAGCAUCAGAGAACCCACACAGGGGAGAAGCCUUUUGAAUGCUCAGAGUGUGCAAAGAGAUUCAGUCGGAGUGACCAUUUACAAAAGCAUCAACGAACCCACACAGGGGAGAAGCCUUUUGAAUGCUCAAAGUGCGGAAAAAGAUUCAGUUACAGUAGCACUCUUCAAAACCAUCAGAGAAGCCACACAGGGGAGAAGCCUUUUGAAUGUUCGGUGUGUUGGAAGAGAUUUAGUCACAGUAGCACUCUUCAACAGCAUCAGAAAACCCACACAGGGGAAAAGCCCUUUGAAUGCUCAGAGUGUGGGAAGAGAUUUAGUCACUCUAGCAUUCUUGAACAACAUCAGAGAACCCACACAGGGGAGAAACCUUUUGAAUGCUCAGAGUGUGGGAAGAGAUUCAGUCGGAGUGACCAUUUUCAAAAGCAUCAACGAGCCCACAAUGGGGAAAAACCCUUCGAAUGCUCAGAGUGUGGGAAGAGAUUCGGUGACAGUAGCACUCUUCAAUGUCAUCUAAGAACCCACACAGGAGAGAAGCCCUUUGAAUGUUCAGAGUGUGGAAAGAGAUUUAAUCACAGAAGCACUCUUCAACAGCAUCAGAGAACCCACACAGGGGAGAAGCCCUUCAAUUGUUCAGAGUGUGGGAAGAGUUUCAGUCAGAGUAGCACUCUUCAACGGCAUCUGAGAACCCACACAGGACAGAAGCCCUUUGAAUGCUCUGAGUGUGGGAAGCGAUUCAGUCGGAAUGGCACUCUUCAACAGCAUCAGCGAACCCACACAGGGGAGAAGCCCUUUGAAUGUUCAGAGUGUGGGAAGAGGUUCAGUCACAGUAAUGCUCUUCAAUCUCAUCUACGAACCCACACAGGGGAGAAGCCUUUUGAAUGCUCAGAGUGUGGGAAGAGAUUCAGUCACAGCAGCACUCUUCAAUAUCAUCAACAAACCCACAGAAGGGAGAAGCCCUUUGAAUGCUCAGAGUAUGGGAAGAGAUUCCAUCAGAGUAGUUCUCUUGAACAGCACCAGCACACCCACACCAGGGCAGAAGCACUUUGA